AAGCUAUGGAUGAUUAUUGUUAAUAAACAUAAACUAGCAUGUCGAUAAGCAUUUUUUAUUACUUUAAAAGAGGAAUAUUCUUUACAUUAUAACAGCAUUUCUAAUAAAAAUUAUAAGUGCAACAGAUGACGGCACUCCAUUAAAUAACAUGUCAAAUGUUACUUCUUCUUCUUCAUUAGAUGCUACUGAUGAAGCAUCAAAGAAAAUAACAACUGACGGUUUAUUACAUAUAUUCAAUGUAUUAUCAACAGCAGCGAGUCUAUCCUUUUGGUUUUUUAAACACUUUUUCAGUUUUUUUAUUCAAAUUAUUACUUUUAUUUGUUCACCAUUUGUAUGGAUUUUUAGUGCCUGUUGGUAUCAAUUUGUAACAAAGCCUUUUCAUCUUCUUUCAUAUAUAUUGCAUGUAUUUUAUCCUGUCAUAUUAUUUUGUAUUGCUGCAAUGUGUUGCGGUAUCUUUAUUGGUGGCUGUGCUGGAUUUGCUGCUGAAGCCUUUUCUUCUAUUUUAAUUUCAGCUACUUGGGGACAACAAAAGCAAAAACAACAAGUGCAAGAAGAGAAAAACUUUAUAAAUAACGACGAUGAAAUGAUAAAAGAAGAUGUGUAUUCUUCAUUUGUUCAUUCAAAGAAUAAUAGCAUUCAAAGCCUAUCUACUUUCUUUGGCACAUCAUCAAUAACAAAAAAGAAAAAGGGAAAAGAGCCCCUAAAGGCAACCAGAAUAGAAAAUUGGGAUGAUUCUUUAUCUAGUAGUUAUUCCCCUUCAAUAAAGCAUACUUCUUCUCCUACGUUAAUACGAAGAAUGAAACUAUCUUCUAUUGCAUCAUCAACGAGAAAUAGUUGGGAAUGGGAUGAUGAUGAUGAAGAUUAGAGACACACACACACACACACAUACACACAUACAAAAAAAAAACACUAAAAAUAAACAUUUAUUGUUCUUAUUAUUCUUGGGUUUUAUUGGCUGAUAUACAGAAAGCGACGA